AUGGUCAACGCAGGCAAAAUUGUCUCUUCUUUGUUCGCAUUUGGCCUUGUUGGCCGAUGUUGCGCGGACUACGACGGAACGAAUCAGACAGUGACUUAUCUUCCCAUCGUCGAGGAAUGGGACGGCGAGGGUUCUAACAUGACCGUAACCUUUGAUCUCGUCAACGCCGACUACGUGUGGCUAUACAAUGACACCAACACUCUUACCAAGCGCACUGGCAUCGACACGGUCGUGGCAGCGGCGUCCGUCAUCACCGCUGCAACCUCCGUCAUCAUCGCAGCCAACUCGGCCCUCAACAUCUACGACUUCAUUGCCGACGUAAUCAAGAGCAAGUCAAAUGCGAAUUCUUGUACCAUGACAUACGGUACCGAUAGCGACGGCACCUACUUCGAGGGUUACGCCUACGAAGCCACUACGACCGGUUCAAACUGCGACACUACAGCCGAAAAGAAGACCAUCUUGGGGGCUGUAGAGAAGUGUGCCAACCGCCUGCACUCGCGCGGUGCCACUCGUGGCUGCUGCACUUUCUCUUAUGGCGGCACUUGGACCGGCCACCUGCGUCUUACUGCCGAGCCGGUUAAAUACCCAGUGACUUCGGUGACUUGUUAG